AUGAAGAUGGACUCUACCAGAUCAAGUAUACUCCAAAAGAUGAAGGAAGGUGUAAAUGAGAAAGGUUCGGCUUUAGAAAUGUUCGACUGUCCUUUUGGGCUGGCAGUAAAUGCUGGGGAUGAGAUAGCUGUAACUGAUUUUGACAACCAUAGAAUUAAAAUCUUUAACAGUGACGGAAAUUACAUAAGAUCCUUUGGUCGUCAGGGUAACAAAGCGGGAGAAUUUUAUUGUCCUAAAGGAAUAGCAUUUCAUGAUAACGGGAAUAUUUUCGUCGCAGACAGUUCGAAUCGAGUUCAGAUUUUCGAUGGGAGGGGUGAGUACGUAGGAAGCUUUGGUGGCCGUGGAAACCUUGAUAAACACACAAAUGAUCCUUGGGGUUUAUCUUUAGACAUUGACGGUAAUGUGAUCGUUGUUGACAAAGGAAACAGCGUUAUUAAAAUCUUUGCUCCCGAUGGAAAGUUCCUUAUGAAAAUAGUUUUUGACAGGAAUGGAAACUUUCAGUACAAGUUCGGGAAGAAAGGUAGUGGGGACGGGGAGUUUGAUACUCCUUGUUGUAUGGCAGUGAACAAAUCAGGACACCUGAUGGUCUGUGAUGAAUGUAAUCACAGAGUACAAGUGUUUGAGCCGAGUAGUAAGUUUAUUGGCAAGUUUGGAGCAAAGGAGAGCAAUGAAGGAGAGUUUAAAAAUCCUCUGUCCCUUGCAAUUUUAAGUAACGACCAAAUUGUU